UCCCAGAUGACAUUGUGAGCAUAUGAAUGACAGGAGAGGACUCCUAGCUGCUUCUGUAAUUUCCAUCCAGAACUCCUGUUUUGUGUAUCCGUCUUGUCAGAACUGCUUUUCUAAGCUGAUUUUAGAUUCCACAAGGUUUAACUGUCUAAAAUGCGGCUGUGCAGGUGAAGCUAAGGAUGCAAACUACAGAUAUAGACUCUCCCUAAAAGUAGCUGAUGCUAAUGAUCUGUUUCACAUUACUGUAUUUGGAACCUGCUUGGAUCCAUUCUUUGGGAUCACAGCAGGAAGAUUGCAGAGGUGUAUUCAAGAAGCAGAAGGAGCAGACAAAGAUGAAUCUUCACGUGCAUUAAUUCAAGCAGUCAAAACUUGUUUCAUAGGUAGAAGAUUAAUAUUUGGACUGAAGGGUUCUAAACACCAAGAUGGAGGGCCCUUUGCUUCUGACAGCAUCUUCCAAAACUGCUCCAGAAUUAAUAGUCAAACAAAAGAUCUUACAGCUUGCCAGAUCUUCCUGCCAAACACUGCUGUUGCUGGCUUUACAGUUAUCAGCUACUUUCAUCGGCUCUGGCAGUCUACAGACAUCAGGCACAGUCACAGCAGCUCAUACUCACCUGACAGUCCUUUAAUUGCAAUAGAUCAGCCUAUGAGGGAGUUCAGCAGUUCUUGCAGCUCCUGUUUUGUUCAGUCAGGCAGAGAGAGCUUUUCAGGGCCCUGGCAGCAAUCUUUUGGACUGACUUCAUCUUCUGUGGAUUGGGUAACAACAGAAGAUGUUUUAGCUUUGGAACUAGGAAAGGAUCCUGGUAAGUGGAAUAAACAAGGGGACAGACCUUUCUCAGCAGAACCAUGCAGUAUCAUCCCCGGCAAUGAAACUGUUCUAAGGGUGGAACUCUAUAACUCUUCUAGUGGUGAGAGACAUGAACAGAAAGAUCAUGAAUUCAGUUCACCGCAUCAACAGCCAGACACUGAUAAAUUGGAGAGCAUUUCCUCUCUAAAGAGAGACUUGUCAACUCCCAGCAGUCACUCAAGGUUAUUACACAACUCCUUGGAAUUUGAGGUAAAACGCUAUUGCCCAGAGAUUGCUAGCAGAUAUGACAAAUACCAAGAAAAAUCUAGGAACUCUGUUUUUCAUCAAAGACAAGAUUAUUCAUUCUGCUGUUCAUCUCUGUCACCUGAUCCUUCAAGCACAGCCAGAGUGUCUGAAGAUGACCCUAUGAUUUGGGAUGAGCUGCCAUUCUCUGAAAGUCUAAAUGAAUUCAUAGCCAGAAUUGAAAAUAACAAGAGCGUGGAGCCCUCGAUAGAUUCUGCUACACACAAAUAUUCCCUCCUUGAGAAUGAUAAGGGAAAUAAAAAUCUUGCCAAAUCCUCACAAGGCACUGGGGCUGCUGAUUUCCAUGCUGUAUGUGCAGCUGGGGUGUCCUCACACCUACAGGAGAAUAUGAAUACUUGCCAAGAGCCUAUUCUGUCCUGUCAUCGGUCAAACUUGAAACCAGUAAGUAGCAAAGCAUUACAGCACAAGUCUUUAUGCAGCCUUUUAUCCACAAAUAUUAAAGAAGAUAAUGGGUCUUGUUUUAUAGAUAAUCCACCUCUGCUGGUUCAGACCCAGUGCUCACCAGUAAUAUUAAAGCCUUAUUCAGAGGGCAGUUUUCUCCAUUCCAAGGAAGCAAGUAUUACUAUUUCAAAGUCUAUCAGGUUCCCCACCAACUUAAAAAGUCCUGUUGAGCAUGGAGAGAGCCCAUAUUUACAAAGAAGACAGAAACAUGCCCAUUUACAUUCUAUACAUGGCUGUUUAGCCAAUUGGGAAAACAAAGAAAAUUCUGUUUACCCACCAAACCAAAGAACAGACCUUACAAGUUGUUGGGCAACAGGCUGUAGCUCUGCAGCCCUCUCUAGUACUAAAAUUACAGGCAAGAGAGAAUUAAAACCAUUGACAGACUUGCAACAAAAGACCUGCAGAGCUGUAAAUGAGAGAGACUUAUGGAAUGGCAGCUGCCCUGAAGGCAGCUACAAUGCUUCUGCUGACCUCUUUGAUGCUACUGGUGGGGACAAGGAAAUCGCAAUAGAUUUUUUAAGUAAGUCUUAUAACUCUUCAGCCAAAGAUUAUGUUUUGACUGAAAAGCGCACAGCAUCUGAGUUAGUGCUUAGUCCAUUCGAUGAUGGCUGCAGCUAUUCACAAUGCCAGUUGUUCUUGCAUAGUUCCUCUCCUGCUUUUAGUAAACACAGUACACCUAUAAGUUAUUCAUUGUGCAAAUCGGAACUCGAUAUGGUAGGUACCCCAGACUUUGUUCCUUAUUCACAGUCGACUCCUGUUGCAAGACCUCUUCAGAAAUUAAGACCCUAUAGGGAGAGAGACUCUAUUUUCCCUAAACUGCCCUCUAAAAAUCGCACUAAAAUCAAUUCCAGAUGGAAACAAUCUAGAUCUUCCUUUAAAAAUACUUUACUGAGACAGCUCACCAGCAGACUGCUGAAACAUGAAAGGUCAAGUAGUAAUCCAAGAGCCACAGACAUCAAUAAGCCUGAUUCACGGCAGUUGUUUACCAACAGCGAGUUGCCUGAAAAUGACUCUGACCCUGAAGAAUGGAUCCCUCCGUCAGCAACAAAAUUGUUGCAGCCAGCUGUAUUUUCUAAUUUAAAAACAGUUGGAUUGCAAGCCAGGAGACCGGCUAUGUGCAAACACAUGGCUGACGAACUUGUUUCUGAAAACAAAGGGAGCAGUGGAACUGAUAGACGUUUAAUAAGCAGGGCUGAGAUUCUGAAGACUCCUACACUUACAUGUGCCACUAAAGCCUUUCUCUUAGAAGAUGCAGUCCCUGGAGCUUGUUUCUGCUCUGAAAUCGAGAGCUGUCUCUCAUGUGCAAUUGAUUCAAGAGGCAUAUUGGACAUAGCAGGUAAUUGGUCUCCUGAACUGUUUACAGAAAAUUUCCAAGCACAAAAGCUUGUUUUUCCAAAACCCGUGUCCUGAAACAGAUCUCUACUGUGCCAUGUCCUUUAUAUUUUAACCCUUUGGAAGGAUGAUCUCCUUACCAAAAGAAGAAAAGCAUUAUUUUAAAAAGAAGUUUAAUUAUUCAUAUUGCUCUUGGCAUCUAUUGUCUAAAGAUGAAUUCUGUUUAUAUGCAAAGCCAUGUACUGCAUAGAGGUUGGGGCACACUGAACCAUGCUUUCACUUUAUUUAAUUGUGGAUUAAAUGACUUGGCCCUAGAACAUGAAAUAAAAGUUUACCUACAUGUGUGAGCAUUGUAAUUCGAGUUGCAUAACCUACUUAUGUGAAAUUUUGCAUCAACAGGAGCUUGCAUCUUUCCCACAGAGAGCCUUAGGGCGCAGCCCCACAUGCAGAAGUGUGUGCUUGCAGCAGCAAAAAAAGUAGUGGAACAAAUUUGUGCCACUGCUUUUUGCCACUGUGCAUAUCCCUGCACAUGGGCUUUCGUGUGGGGCGAAAUGCCUCACUUUGAGGAACUGCUGUUUCCCUGCUCCUCCCAGUCCCUGGCAUACUGGAGGAACCAGGGCAAAAUUAGAAUGGAGAUGCUCUAGCUGGCAACCAGAGCAUCUCGUGGGAGAACCGAGCCUCUUUGUCUGCCAGCACAUGCUCCUGUAGCAAAUUUUGUCCCCACCUGAUAAAAUGUGCUCUGCACUGCAGAUUUAAUGGGCCAGCUAUGCAGUUUGUGGCACCACAAACUCCACGUGCCUGCGCAUCUGGAUCUGGUAUUAGUGACACACUUCUCUUUGCCAUAUUUAAUGGAGAUAGACUUAUGCUGCUUCUAUUGAAUUCUGUGAAAUGCUGACUGCUAAAGCCAGAAGCAGGCCAAAAAUGCGGUAUGUCUUCUGGAUGCAUGUAGCAAAUAGAUCUCAUUGUACACCACUGGCUACUAGUGCUAGAACUAGACAUAAGACGAUUUGGAUUCAGUUUCAUCUGUGCUGCUUAGCUUUGGAUAUCCUUAUUGUCACAACCCAGUGAUUUUUGUGCCUCGGCAGUAUGGAAUUUCCUGGCCACAUGAGAGCUCCUUUGCAUGGCAGAGUGUUCUGCUGCAAUUGAGAACCCGCGUGUAGGAGAGAGUUCCUGCCAAUUUGCAGUUUCCUUUGCAGGAUGCAUUUCUUCUUUGCAGCACAGAAAUGCACGGUGCAAAGAGUUCCCGCUAUUCAAAUGUAAAUUUGUACCCCGCUGUUGGCCAGUGCUAAAUUAUUCACACGUGGCGGCUAGUAAUUGGCUCGCUGGCCGUUUAAAAUUCCGCAC